UUGGUCUCGGCGAUGAGUGAAUUGCCCAUAAAGGUCAAGAUUCUGGAGACACCAGAGGACAUUCAGGAGCGUCGAGAACAGGUUCUCUCGAGAUACAGUGCGUUUAAAGAAGCAACAGAAUACCGACGGCACCGGCUUGAACAAGCUAAACGGUACCAAUACUUCAAACGCGAUGCAGACGAACUAGAAAGUUGGAUGUUGGAGAAGCUUCAAACUUACUCAAAUGAGGACUUCAAAGAGCUGAGUAAUCUACAGGCUAAGAAACAAAAACAUCAAGCGUUCGAAUUGGAAGUGACAGCACAUGCCGAGACACUCGCAUCUUUAGACAAAUCGGGCGAAGAUAUGAUUCUUGAAGAGCACUAUGCCUCGGAGAUCAUUAAGAAUCGGUUGGACGAACUUCAUGCACUCUGGGAUAAGCUGAUGGCAAUGCUACGGGAAAAAUCUCGCUUACUUAACCUGACCCUUAAGUUCGUACAGUUUCUACGUCAGGCCGAUGAGUUGCUGUUUUGGAUUCGUGAGAAGGAGACUUUUGUAACCUCUGAAGACUACGGCAGCGACCUGGAACAUGUUGAAGCACUCCAAUUGAAGUUUGAGGAAUUUCUAAAGGACCUUGAGUACCAGGAGCAACGCGCACAAGACAUCUACACCAAGGAAGAAGAGCUUCUAAAAGAGGAUUUCCCUGAAGAUGCUUUGGUUAUUGAGAAGUCGCGUGAAGUGCGUGAGGCAUUGAGACGUCUUAACGACUUAGCUGACCACCGGCGUCAUAAGCUCUAUGAGGCUCAUGAGAUUCAGCGCUUCUUCAGAGACACCGACAAAGCUAUUUCUUGGGUUAACGAGAAGUCGAUUCCGCUCUCCAUAGAAGACUGUGGACGUGAUUUGGCUUCCGUUCAGGCCCUCCAACGCAAACAUGAAGCCCUCGAAAGAGACUUGGCGGCUUUGAAGGACAAGCUGGGACAACUGGGGAAAGAUGCAGAGGACCUUGCAGAAAAGCAUCCCGAUUCCAAGAACACAAUCCACGAAAAACAUCAAACACUUCUUUCGGCCUGGGAGAAACUGAAAGCACAAGCUGACCAACGAAGUGCCAAGUUAGACGAAGCAUUCAAGCUUCACCGAUUUCUGGCCGACUAUCGUGACCUAAGCCUGUGGAUGUCAGACAUGCAAUCUGUCAUUGAGGCCGAUGAGUUGGCGAAGGACGUUGCUGGUGCAGAGGCACAAGUUGAACGCCAUUAUGAGCACAAGGCCGAAAUUUCCUCCCGCGAAGAAAAUUAUAACACUUGCCUGCAGGAAGGUCAGCACCUGCUCGAGUUAGGCAUAGCAGACAGUGCAGAUAUCGCCACUAAGUUGUCGGAGCUGGAGCGAGGAAGAGACGCCCUUCUUGCUUUAGCUGAGAGGAAGCGUGUCCAACAUGAGCAGUGCAUGGAUCUGCAAGUAUUCUACCGCGAUGUAGAACAGGCGGAGUCUUGGAUAUCAAAGCAAGAGGCACUGUUAGAGAAUAAAGAUGUGGGGGAUUCCUUGGAUGCCGUAGAAGCGCUACUACGCAAGCACGAAGACUUCGAAAAGUCCUUGGUUGCACAAGAAGAAAAGAUGAAUCACAUCGAUGCAUUUGCCUCGAAAUUGAUAGAGAAUAAUCAUUAUGCUUCCCCACAGGUCGCCGAAUUACAGAGGAGUCUCAAUGACCGCCGGGACUUGCUGAAAGAGAAAGCCGCCGACAGACGCAAACGGCUGGAGGAUUCCCACAGAUACCAGAUGUUUGAUCGUGAUGCUGACGAAAUGCAGUCAUGGAUAGGGGAGAAAUUUCGAAGCGCAACGGAUGAAAGUUAUAAAGAUCCAACAAACCUCCAGACCAAAGUCCAAAAACACCAAAACUUCGAAGCUGAAAUCCAGGCAAACCAGUCCCGUGUGGACGGCAUUAAAAAGAUGGGUCAUGACCUCAUUCAAGAAGGCCAUUUUAACUCACCAGAGAUCGGGGCUCGCAUAGAGCAGUUGGACGACACAUGGUCACGCUUGAUCCAGGCCGUUUCGACAAAGAAGACGAAUUUGGAUCAAGCUAAUCGCCAACAACAGUUUGUUCGGAAUGUUGAAGAUGUUGAUUUGUGGUUAGGAGAAGUUGAGGCCCAAAUCACAUCUGAUGAACUUGGUCGUGACCUGAACGGUGUGAUUAAUGCUCAGAAAAAGCAUAACUUAUUGGAGGCUGAUGUCCAGGCGCAUCGUGACAGAAUAGAUGCCUUGAAGGCACAGGUGGAUGCAUUCUCCGCUGAGAAUCAUUUCGACGCGCCAGUGAUUGCUCAAAAACAUAAGGAGUUGCUUCAGCGCUACAUGGCCUUAGCUGAGCCCAUCAGACUCCGCCGAGAAAAAUUGAAAGACGCAUAUAAGCUGCAUCAGUUCUUCCGUGAUGUAGAGGAUGAGCAAGACUGGAUCCACGAAAAGGAACCGAUCGCCGGCUCGACCAAUGUUGGUCGCGAUCUUAUUGGCGUUCAGAACCUCAUCAAAAAACAUCAGGCAGUUGCCGCUGAGGUCGCUGGCCAUCAACCAAGAAUACAAGAUGUUAUCCAGGAGGGAAAUGCGAUGAUCGCCGCAAACCACUAUGCUGCCAAUGAUAUCGCGAAACGUAUCAAAGAGUUGGAAGAGGACUGGAAUCAAUUGUGCGACAAAACAGACCGACGCCGACAACUACUGGACGAUUCGCUUCAGGCCCAACAAUAUUUUGCGGACGCAAGUGAAGCGGAGAGUUGGAUGCACGAAAAAGAGCCGUUGGUUGGUUCUGUUGAAUUCGGCCGCGAUGAAGACUCGACGGAGUCGCUACUCAAGAGGCAUAAUGCGCUUAUGGCUGAUAUCGAAGCCUAUGGAUCUACCAUUGAGGCGCUGGGCAACCAGGCCAGUGCCUGCCGCAUGCAGGAGGCGCCCAUCACCGGUGUUCACGGUAAGGACGUUGUAAUGGCAUUGUACGAUUAUCAGGAGAAAUCUCCGAGGGAGGUAUCAAUGCGCAAGGGUGAUAUUUUGACUUUGCUUGCGAGCAAUCAUAAGGAUUGGUGGAAAGUCGAAAUAAACGACCGACAGGGAUUCGUUCCUGCUGCUUAUGUGAAGAAAAUUGACGCACCCUUGUCCGACAGUCAGGCUGACCUAAUGGAGAAGCCUUUAACGGUGGCUUUGCAACAGCAGCGACUUGAAGAGCAGUACCAGUACCUUUUGCAACUCGGCCGUGAUCGGCGUGAACGGUUACAAGAUUCCGUUGAGGCUUACCAUAUCGUGCGUGAAGCUAACGACUUACAUCAAUGGGUCGUUGAGAAGGAAUUGGUUGCUGUAACUGAGACCAUCGUACCCGGGAAAGUUGAAGAGGUUGAGAGUGCCAGGCGGGCGGUAGAUGAUCUGGUUGCUGAACAGAAAGAGCGUGAAGCUCGUGUGACGGAGCUGUGUGCCAAGGCGGAUAAGCUGAAGCGUGGCGGCCCCACAGAAGCAGUGGAGAAGAUUGAGGGUAUUAUUAUGCAACUCCAGAAAAAGUAUGAACAACUGGAGCAGGUCACGACAAAAAAGGCAAAAGACUUAGAGGAUAUCGAUGCAGUGCAACGAUAUCAUCGGGAGUGCGAUGAAGCCAGGGAAUGGGUUGCUGAAAAAGAGGGACGUCUGGACGCAGAUGAGUUGGGGACUGACCUCACAUCUGUGCAACGUCUCCUGAGAAAACACAAGGCUCUGGAAGGUGACUUAACUGCCCUUGGAGAACGUGUGAAGCAGUUGGACACUAGAGCGGCGGAUUUGGUGCAACUUCAUCCGCAGGAGGCCGAGGCCAUUUGUAACCAUCAAGAGGAGCUCAAUCAAUCUUGGAACGCCUUGGCUUCAAAGGCAGAGGAAAGGAAAGAGAGACUUUUGGACUCGCUUGAUCUACAAAAGUUUCUUGCUGAUGCUCGCGAUUUGACCUCUUGGAUUAGUACAAUGGAUGGCCUGGUAUCCUCUGAUGAGCUCGCCAAGGAUGUCACCAGCGCUGAGGUCUUAUUGGAAAGGCAUCGUGACUACCGCACUGAAGUUGAAGCACGUUCCCCGGCUUUCGCGAAUUUGGAAUUAUUUGGCAAGGAACUUCUUGACCACGGACACUAUGCAUCUCCGAUCGUCCAAGAGCAGUUGCAACAAAUCGCAGAAGCACGUUCAGUGCUUGACAACGACUGGCUGAAACGAAACAAAACCCUUGAACAGUGCCUUGAAGAACAGCUGUUCUUACGCGAUUGUGAACAGGCCGAAGACUGGAUGGCUAUCCGCGAAAGCUCGCUCAAAGGAGAUGACGUCGACGGGAACAAGGUAGAUGCUUUGAUAAAAAAGCACGAAGAUUUUAACAGAGCGAUCAAUCUGCAAGAAGCGAAAAUACAAUCGCUCCAAGUUGGUGCUGAGAAACUGCUUGAAAUAGACCACUACGAUGCGGAUGCCAUCAAGGGCAAACUUGAAGAGGUCCUUGGCCGUUGGAAGGAGCUGAAAGAUGCUAUGAUCGAGAAUCGUAGUAAACUGCGAGACGUUCAAACCUUCCAAGCAUUCAUUCGAGAUGCUGACGAAAUGGAGCUAUGGAUCACCAAAAAGAUGCAGCUAACAAUGGAUGAAUCCUAUAAAGAUCCGAAAAUCAACGUACAGGCGAAACACCAGAAACACCAGGCCUUUGAAGCUGAACUAGCCGCUAACGCAGAACGUUUGCAGAGUAUUAUCGCCGCCGGACAGAGACUAAUCCAGAACGAUCAAUGCAAGGGACAGGAAGAUAUUGUACGAGAGCGCAUAGAAAAGUUGGCGAAUCAAUGGGAUCACUUAGUGACUCGAGCCAAGGAAAAGUCUGAGAAGCUUCAAGAAGCCAAUCGUCAGGCAGCGUAUGAUGCUGGAAUCAAGGAUAUUGAGUUUUGGCUCGGCGAAAUGGAAACAACAUUAGCCAGUCCGGACUACGGCAAAGAUUCGGCUUCUGUCGACAGUCUAAUGUCGAAGCAUCAGGUUUUAGUCACUGACAUACAAGCACACGAGGAUCGAAUAAGAGAGCUGGAUGCUCGUGCAGAUGAAUUCAUUGGAUCGGGCGCUGGUGAUGCUGAAACUAUUUUAGAACGCAAAAAAAUGAUAAACGAACGCUAUGAGAAGAUACGGGCUCAGUCGGAAAAUCGUGCUGUAACAUUAGGAAAAGCCAAACGGCUGCAUGAUUUCUACCGCAACAUGGAUGAUGAAGAAGCGUGGAUUCGUGAGAAGAAAAUACUUGUCAGUUCGGAAGAUUACGGUCGUGACCUCAUUGGCGUUAGAAACCUGAAUAAGAAACAUCAACGGAUUGAGGCCGAAGUGGCUGCUCACGAUCCAUCCAUCCGUCAGGUGUUGCAGCAAGGCGAGGAGCUUACCGUUGGUACACUUUUGACUGACCCCCAGAUCGUACAUAACAGGAUGGAGCAACUGAAAGCUGCCUGGGACGAGCUGCAAACGCUCACCGCCAUUCGGCGCCAGAAGCUCGAAGAUUCGUUAGCCUAUCAAGAUUUCCUUGAUAGUGUCGAGGAGGAAGAGGCAUGGAUUCUAGAAAAGCAGCAUUUGUUGAGCAGCGAGGAUUUCGGGGAUACGCUGGCCGCUGUUCAAGGGCUGCAGAAGAAGCAUGAUGCCUUUGAAGCUGAUCUGAAGAUUCACGAGGACAAAUGUGCAAAUCUGUGCGCGAAAGGAGAUGAACUAAUUAGUGCUGAUAACCACAACCACCAGGCCAUCAGGCAGCGGAUGGAGGGGCUCCAAGAAAAACUGGGGACUUUGAAACGUGCUGCGUUACGCCGACAAGCCAGUUUGACUGAUAAUUCUGCUUUCUUGCAAUUUAUGUGGAAAACGGAUGUCGUCGAAUCCUGGAUCGCCGACCGUGAAACGCAGGUUCGAAGUGAGGAUUACGCUCGUGAUCUGAGCAGUGUGCAGACGCUGCUGACGAAACAUGAAACGUUCGACACUGCUCUUGAAUCCUUCCGUACAGAGGGCAUCCAAACAAUCACCGCCUUGUAUGAACAGUUGAUUGAAGCGAAACAUGCGCAAACACCGACAAUUCAACAGCGCUUCACUACGCUAAUGGACCGGUGGAACCGUCUCUGCCGCGACUCGGAGCGACGGAAAGCUGAUUUACUUCAAUUGCAGGAACAAUAUAAAAAAGUUGAAGAGCUAUACUUAGCAUUUGCUAAGCGUGCUUCUACAUUUAACUCUUGGUUCGAGAACGCUGAAGAGGACUUGACUGACCCAGUCCGGUGCAAUUCGCUUGAUGAGGUCCGAGCUCUCUGUGAAGCACAGGAACAAUUCAAAGCGUCUCUCAAGGCGGCCGAAGUGGAUUUCCAGAAACUUGGUCAACUGGAUCACGAGAUCAAAAGCUAUGGGGUUGGUAUGAACCCAUACACCUGGUUCACCAUGGAGGCUCUUGUGGAGACGUGGAGAAACCUACAGAAGAUUAUUUUGGAGCGUGACGCAGAAUUGCAUCGUGAAACACUCAGACAAACUCAGAAUGAUCAGUUACGCCAAGAAUUCGCUGGCGUGGCAAACAACUUCCAUCAAUGGCUACAGAGUGUCCGAACAUCGAUGAUGGAGGCUAGUGGAACAUUGGAAGAACAACUGGAAGCUACUCGUCUCAAAGCUAAUGAAGUCAAUGCUCGUAAAAACGAUUUGCGUGAAAUUGAAGAACUGGGUGCUCGGCUUGAGGAGCGACUUAUUCUUGAUAAUCGUUACACAGAACACAGUACGGUCGGUCUGAGCCAAGCUUGGGACCAACUGAACCAACUUGCCAUGCGAAUGCAGCACAAUUUGGAACAGCAAAUCCAGGCUAGAAACGUCAGUGGUGUGAGUGAGGAAGCGUUGCGUGAAUUCUCCAUGAUGUUUAAACACUUUGACAAAGACAAAUCUGGCCGCCUUGAUCACCGAGAAUUUAAAUCCUGCUUGCGUGCUCUGGGUCACGAUCUGCACGAAGUUAGCGAAGGCCAGGUUGAUGAAGAAUUCGAAGCCAUCCUGAACGUCGUGGAUCCAAAUCGUGACGGCUUCGUGACACUCCAGGAAUUCAUGGCUUUCAUGAUAAGCCGAGAAACUGAGAACGUUCAAUCCAGAGAAGAGGUAGAGGAAGCUUUCCGCGCCUUGACGAAGGAAGGCAAGGAGUAUUUGAAGGAUGGGAAAGAAUACAUCACUAAGGAGCAACUCUAUUCGAACCUCUCCAAGGAACAAGCAGACUAUUGCUGUCGAGUUAUGCCGCCCUACUACACUAAAGGAGGUCAGCCUAUUCCAGACGCAUACGACUAUCAUGCGUUUACGAGGCAGCUAUUCCAGAACUGAUGCCACCGUUCUCCAUUCUAUCUUGCUUUCGUGCAAUCAGACUUUCGUGUUCCUUUCGUGAUGCGCAACUCUCGCAACACACACAUUCGGAAUAGUUUUCCUCGAGGCUUUUCAUCAGUCUUUAGUUUCGUCAUUCGGCUCGAAUAUAUAUUUGUUCUUGCUUUUUCUUUCACUUCUGUCGCUUCAGUUUUUAUGAAUCCGUAAAAUUCCUUCUACCCUAAUCAACGCGCUUUAACAAAUUUUCCAUUUGGUGUUGUUCAUCCCCAUUAUGGUUAUGCGUUUACUCCUCUUGAAGUGUUUUCUUGGUGAGGCCUACAGUUACCGUGGCUGAUUUGUCCUGUUUUGGAUUCCUCGUUAUUCGCACUAGUCACCUUGUUUACCACACAACCGUCCUGUUGUGCGAUUUUCAUGUGUUUCGUGAUCGAUACGCUACGUUUCUAAUCCAUUUCAACUCCGACC